CCUCUUGAUUCUCGCGGCCCUAUGGGUUUCGUCGAUAAGCAGGUUCAGCGUCUUCUUGUCGGUUGUAAUCACCAGUGAGAAUGUUGAGAGCCCCAGCAGGACGUUACAGAGCCAGCAUUCGUGGUGGUUCGCGACGGGGCUGGCUUGGGCUUGGCCACCAGACGCGCAAACCAGAACCGGUCUACGAGUCCCCGGCCCCUCCAUGUGGUCCACUGCUUGUGGAGAUCGAGCAAUCUAACCUUGGGAGAUCUCAAGAAAGUUCCCGAAUUACCUCCUGCGAAUACUUGACAUCGUACACGUGGUUGGGGCGCGAAUCGCCGUCAAUCAUAAUUCCGGGUAUAGCUUUCCAUCCCAGUGAUGGACUCGGGACUUCAACGCUAACAAAUCCCAUCUCGCUAGGCGAGCCACCUGUCUAGAUUCCCCCAACAGAGGACAGGCAACUCCAACCCGACUGCGGAGAGUAUUUACGUGACCCUAAUGCUGCUAUGUAUCCUGCCUAUCCAUGGGAGGCGGCUUUUACGGCAAUCGAAAAGCAGUGUCCAGAAUAUGAUCUUGCCAACACCGAUAUCGUGAUCUGCUCCAGUACUUUGGGCAAUCUCAAUCGUUUUGCCCGAGG